UCACACUGCACCAAUCGGCGACUUGCCGGAUCCCAGCUUCCCGAAUCCCCUCCUGGCUUGGAACGGAGCUACUGCCAUUCCCCCUCCAACUGCCAAUGGACUAUCAGUAUUACGACGAGGAGUCCGACUACAUUGACGUGGACGAGGAGGAGCUGGCUGCGGCCGGCGGCCUGGACUACGGUUAUGGGAAGCCGCUGGAUGAGGAGGUGGAGGACUAUUAUCUUGGUGGAGGGGAGGACGAAGAGGCGGCAUACCAUAACGGCGGCCUAGUAGAAAGGCUCCCCCAGAUCCUGCACAGUUGCGUUAAGCCCUCGCUGCUGCAGGUGCUCCAGUAUAUGGCGCCCAUGUUGCUGCUAUGCCUCGUGUGUCGCCUCCUGUGUCUGCUGUACGCCCGGCGAGGUCACCUCUCCCAGAACCAGUUCCAGUCCCUGCGGAUGGCGCCCCUACACUUGAUCCACCUCGGUUGUGGCCUAACCUUGCUGCACUUCUCCGUGGGCUAUCGCCUUUGGCUGCUGUUGCUAUUGGCCGUCGUGGGCUAUCUGCUGCUCCAGCUACUGCGCCUGGGACGGCACGGUGCCCAGCUCCUGGCCAUGCUCACCAUUGGCAGCCAGUUUCUGUACGAGUUGCUGAUUUGGCGGAACCGCAGCGACUGGCCCCAGCUGCGCGGCAUCCAAAUGGUGGUCAACAUGAAGCUCAUCUCGCUGGGCUUCGACCUGACCAGCGGCGGCGGCGGCAACCAGCUGACGAAGGGUAUACCCAAUCCGCUGGCCUAUCUGGGCUAUAUAUAUAGCCCCGCCACCUGCGCCCUGGGACCCUGGGUGAGCUACGGCAGCUACAGCAACUGCCUGGUGCCCCGGAGCAGCUGGCUGCUCAGUCUGCGUCGAACGGUGGCCAACGCUGUGCUCUGCCUGCUGACCGUGACCGUUUCCAACUGUCUGGCACCGUUGCUGAGUGACCUGGCCGGCGGCUGGCACUUCCUGGCCAUGUACACGGAUGCUCUGAGUGUGCGCAGCAGCCACUACUUUGUGGGCUUCAUAGCGCAGGCUCUGCUGGUGGUCACCGAUCAGCGACUGGAUGAUGCUCGGGAAUCUGAGCUAUUGGGACCGUUGGUGGCGCAGCCCUGGCGCAUAGAGUGGCCGCGCUCGAUCAGUGCGUUGGUCCGGAGCUGGAACAUUCCCAUGCACGAGUGGCUGAAGCGGUACAUUUACACGCCCUGCAAAACAACGGGCAGGCACUCUCGGAUGCAGGGACUCCUGGCCAUCUUCUGCACAUAUCUGGUGUCCAGCCUUCUGCAUGGAAUGGAUCUUCGCAUCUAUCUGGUCCUCAUCUCGUUGGCCGUUUUCGCCGCGGGCGAGUCUUUGCUGCGAAGACACCUCUCCAGCGUUUUAAAUGCCUGCCUUUCGGCCAAUCUCUGUCCGGGAGCGGAGCGUUGUCGCUACAGCAACUGUCCCAGCAAGCUGGGAAGCUGGGCCUCUGUUAGCGGCUGCCUGGUUCAGUUGGCCAAUCUGGGCUUCACGGCGCUGGCCAUCUUCCAUCUGGCCUAUCUGGGUGUGGUGCUAAUGGGCGACAGUCUGGAAAGCGGAGUUGGCACAGCGGAAGAGGAGGGCUUUUUGUGGCACUGGAAGCAGGCCGGAUACCUCAGCCACUACAUUGGCGUGGGCACCAUUGUGCUCUAUCUGUUUAUCUCGUAGGAACCGGAGAAUAAGCCGGAUCUAUAUAGUAUCUACGACUGAUUUACACGUAUUUGUAACGGUGUUCGUCGCAACCAUUUGUACUUUUGUAUCUCGUAUCUUGUAGUUUUUUGUGUGUGAAUCUCUGUAAGUAUUUCAACAUUAAACGAUUCUGUGAAACGGAA